CUCAUUCUGUAUCCGUGCCACUAAUGGUUCUUACGCUACUCUUGUUGAUGGGGUUUCCGUGAAGGUUUUGUACUGUGCCUGAUAGGAUCGGAUAGGAUGCUGUUCGUUUAAGCUUAGUCGUGCAAGGAAGAGACGGAGAAUGGCUUGUGAUGAGAAAUUAUUUUUUAGGAAGACUGUGCAGCAUUUAGCAAGAUGUCUGGCUGCAAUUAAAGAAACGCCAUGGGAAAAGGUGAACACACUGUAUGCAUUAUGUCCACAAGAAACUGCCCAGGGUGUUUUUCGACUGGAUCAGAGAGGACAGGAUGCAGUAAUUGCUCUUGGAAUAUACUUCCUUGAAUCAAAAUUACAACAUCGUGACAGAAUUUUGCCAUUCCUCUUAAAGUUGUUAAAAGGAUUAGCAAAGGCUGUCUGGUUGGAUGAAGUUCGCAAUUUAGCAACAGAACGAAUUCCAGUUGCAGAGAGGUUCAGUUUUUGCCUUAAUACUCUUCUGUCAGACAUAGCUACCAAGUGUGAACCAGUCCGAGAAGAGAUUAUCUCAGCUCAGGUUGACUUCCUUGGUGUACUUGCAAACUUGUGCCGCAGCUACAAAGAUCAGAACACCCCUCGUGGCUCUACAGCCAAAUUAACAUUAUGCAAAUCAACAAUACCAAUUCUCAUUGGUCUUGCAAGAUCAAUGGGUCGCUUUUGUACUAGUGAUCCUCCUUUAUUAUGCCGCAUAUUUCCAAGACCGGAGCCACCAAUACCCAUUGCUACAUGCAGUGAAGUUGGCCAGCUUGACAAAAAAAGAAGCUUUUCAAAUUUCAGGUCUAUCAUACCUCGGUCUCUGUCGGGCAACUUGCCAUCUCUUGACAUUGUGUCCCUCAGCAGUGUGGACUCUACUGAUGUUCUUGUUGGUCAGACGAAGCGUCCAUCAUUGCAAACUUACCAGUCAGUUCCAUAUGAUGCCACAACGCACUUCUUCAGCAAGUAUGGUUCCAGCUUCAACCAGUUUCCACAGAUGAGGUUUGCUGAAUCUCCUGAAAAGAGGGCCAUUCUUCAGUUCUCUAUAGUUCAUCUACAGAGUGUACUGGCCUUGGCCAAAAAGUUGUUAACUAAAGAAAUGCUUACAUUUCUGGAUGAUCAAGCAAAUGAUGUGUAUGUAUCAGGGAGUGUGAAAAUCUUCCCCUAUAAGACAUUUAGUGAGACCAUGAACUUGGUAAUGGUGACAUUACUUCGAGAGUUACUUCAGCAUCAAAAAGACUUACCAAGCCCAUUUACACGAGAUGUACAAGAAUUUGUAAAGGGGCUUUUCCUGUCAGGGCAAACAGAAUUGCAGAGCCGUCACCAUGAUGCUAGUGAACGUGAGGAUAGGGAGAGUAACUAUGCAACUGUAAACAAAUUUAAAGUAAAUGUAAUGGCAAAUUCUGCAUGUGUGGAUCUGCUAGUCUGGGCGAUUGGAGAUGAGACAGGAGGGAGUGGAGGCUAUGACAUAUCGUCUCUGCUCUCUGCUCUCUCUUCUCGCAUCAAUACAAAGGUCCAAGGAGCAGAUGGUUUGUGUGGCCGGCUAACAGAGAAGAUAAAUUCUAGCCAUGGACCCAAACUGGUACUAGCUCAUAUGCCUCUCCUUAUGGUGUGCCUAGAGGGUCUAGGGAAAUUAGCUGAGAAGUUUCCCAAUAUUGCAAGCGCCUCCAUCUACUGUCUGAGAGACUUUUUGAUUACUCCCAGUCCAAUCUUAUUCAAACUACACCGUCAGCAAUGUGAAAGUGCAAGCAAAGAUGGUCAGAAAUUGAAAAUUACAGUGCAAGGGAAGGAGAUGGAAAAUACAAGUACAAACAGCAGCCAGAUGGCAUUUGAGAAGCUGCGUGAUGCUGCUAUAGAGAAUUUAUGCACAGCACUGCAGGCUGCCUACAGCAUGGAGCCAUACUGUGUGCCAGCGCUGGUGGCCUCUGUAUCAAAGAGGCUAUUUACAGCAGAAAAAUCUGACAGCGAAUCGUCACUAAUUUCUACCAACAUAGUAAUCAUGUUGGGUCAUGUAGCAGUUGCUCUGAAGGAUACACCUAAAACUACAGAAACGAUCCUUCGGUUCUUCCAGCAGAUAUUCUGCCGGGUUCCAUCCACUCUGGACAUCUUGAUUGUAGACCAGUUGGGAUGUAUGAUUAUUUCAAAGUGCGAGCCACAAGUGUAUGAGGAGAUAAUGCGAAUGUUCACUACAAUCACAGUGGAAGCUAGCAAUGCUGCUUAUAGCCAGUCAGCUACAGAUGAUUGCAAAAGCCAGUACAGACAUGUUUCAGGAGCAGUGGUGAAUGCCUUAGCCAACAUUGCUGCCAACCUUCAGGGUGAAGCUGAAAUGCACGAACUUCUCGUUAGGUUGUUGGAAUUAUUUGUGCAGCUUGGUUUGGAAGGAAAACGAGCAUCAGAGAAGGCUCCAGCAGCUCUUAAGGCUUCAAGCAGUGCUGGUAACCUUGGCGUUCUUAUUCCUGUAAUUGCUGUAUUGAUGCGUCGUCUCCCUCCCAUUCGAAAUGCUAAGCCUCGCCUUCACAAACUUUUCCGAGACUUCUGGCUGUACUGUGUAGUAAUGGGAUUCACGGCAGCUGACUCAGGUCUGUGGCCAGAAGAGUGGUAUGAUGGGGUCAGAAAUAUUGCAGUGAAGUCUCCACAUUUGGUGUCACAGACAUCAUCUCGAUCCGAAAUGAGAGAAUUACAAUACACAUCAGCAGUUAGAAAUGACAGUGUUUCAUUGAAUGAGCUACAAGAAUUAAAGACACAAAUUUUGAACCUUCUGGAGCACCCAGCAGAUGUUACUGCAUUUGUCAACAAACUGUCAUUUGCUCAGUGCACCUACUUGCUGUCUGUGUACUGGCUUGAAAUGUUGCGUGUCCAGAAUUCAAGUGAACCAAGCUUGCAACCAAUACUGGAAUAUCUAGGUGAUUCGGCAAUACAGAAGGACAAAUCUGGCAUGUGGCAGUGCAUCUGUAGUGUUGGUGACAGAGUGUUUGCUCAGUUCAUAGAAGUAAUGUCAAACAAACCUAAAGACGAAGUUCGUGAGAGAGAACUUGAGGAUCAUGCUCAGUUUCUGUUAGUCAACUUUAAUCACAUUCACAAGCAGAUUCGACGAGUGGCUGACAAAUAUUUAUCAGGCCUAGUGGAUAGAUUUCCCCAUCUGCUGUGGAACUGUCAUGUUCUCUGGAGCAUGCUGGAUAUUCUUCAAGUUCUGUCAUACUCCCUUAAUCUGGAUCCUAAUGAAGAAACUCCAACUUUGAGAGUGCCAAGUACUCAAUAUAGUCUUCCUCUUAUGGAUACAUUGGAAGCCAGAGAGAGUAUUGUGAGGGAUUUUGCUGCACGAUGUCAGGGCAUUGUCCAAGAGGCUAUGAAAUGGUCACCUCAUGCAACUCGAUCUCAUCUUCAAGACUACCUUAACCAGAUUCCAAGUUCUGGAAUGUGGCAUCACUCAGGCUUAGCAUUAGCAAUUGAGAGCAUGCUGCAGUAUACUGGAUUAAAUUUCCAAUCUGCACCACUCAGUAUUAACACUUUGGACAAGCGACCUCGCUGUGUGAAGAGCGACUCUUCUCGUUUUGUUUCAUCCCUUUCUCUGCGCAGUUGGUAUGCCGGUGAAGUAAAUGGCAUGCUAAUUGAACUAGAGCGGAAGAGUGAGGGGGAGAAAGGCAGUCUGAUAGGGACACUGAUCCAGGCUGUGAGGAAGGCUUGUCACAAUGAGGACAAUAAAGCCCACCGAGCUGCUUUAUGGAGGGCAACUGCCAUGUUGAUAAAUACACCAGGUGUGUAUCGUAGUUUGCUGCACGUAGUGGCAUGGUCACAGGUUGAACUUUUCACGGAACCUGCCAUGACAACAGCUGUUGAAUGCUGGCAGUGGUUGGUCACUGCAAGACCUGAUCUGGAACUGCGGUUCCUGCAAGAGAUGUUUUCUGCAUGGCAGUGUUCUAUCGAUAAAAAAUUAGGCCUCUUCUCAGAUGAAGAGGUAGAAGUGAGUCCUUUGGCUGCAUAUGAAGGUUGCAAAUUAGAACCAAGACCUCCAUUUGUGAAACCUCAUGACAUUUGGGUGCAGUUCAUUUCAGAACUGGUAGAGACAGCCAAAUACUGCAGCCAAGAAAAAGUGGAAAUGUUGGCAACUUUGCUCCAUCGGUCAUUGCCCAUGAUUGUUGGUACCAGAGAGGGACAUCAGAAUCGGCAUGUGGCUGCUGUUGGUGUUAGGUUCAGGUUGCUGGCUUGUGGCUUAUCCUUACUUCAAGGAGAUGUUUUGCCUCGCUCUCUAAGCAAGAAUGUUCUUCGGGAACGAAUCUAUUGCAACUGUUUGGACUACUUUUGCUGUCCACCAAGGUGUCCUACACAACGUGGGGCAGAAUUGCGGGAAGAUAUCUUGGUUCUUGUUCGCUUCUGGCAGACCAUGCAUUCUGAUAAGAAAUACCUGAAAGCCAGUGUUGUUGGAGAUUUUGACCUGUAUGGACCACAUUCCUCCUCCUCUUCCAUGCAGUCUGAUCUUCGCUCCACUUCAGGGGACUUUGCCCGUCCCGCUACUGGAUGGAUUAACACAGUUCCUUUGUCAUCAAGCAGUAACACACUGUCUAAGCGAUCAGCUCGGAGCAAGCGUAUUGUCAAUGCAGAUAUAUUUGUUAAGGACUACAUCAAGAAGAGAAACCUUAUUCUUGAAUUGCUGGCUGUUGAAAUAGAAUUCUUGUUAAUUUGGCACAAUCCAUUGGGACGCACUGAGUUACAAGUUCCAGGGGAAGACAACAUUGCUGCAUGGCGAGCCAAAGCAGUCACAGAACGAAUAUUGCGGGAUAAUGCUCGUCUUGCAUGGGAUAUAAGCCCAGUACUAGCUGUUUUCUUGCCAAUGAGGCUGAAAAAUUCUGACAGCAUCAUUCGAGAAGUGUCAACACAAGUACGGUUGAAUCCAAUUGUAGUUUCUCAUGUGCCACAGGCUCUUCCAUAUCUUGUUACUACAGAUACAUUGCUGAAUGAUGCUCAUGAGUUGGUGUACAUGCUGACGUGGGCACCCAUAUCUCCAAUUCAUGCAUUGGCAUACUUCUCUCGUCAGUUCCCACCACAUCCAAUCUCAGCACAAUAUGCAGUCAGAGUGCUCAGCAGCUAUCCUGCUGAUGCUGUUCUCUUCUACAUACCACAGCUGGUGCAAGCUGUUAGACAUGACACAAUGGGAUAUGUUAUUGAAUUCAUCAAGUAUAUUGCCCGGAAGUCGCAAGUUGUUGGGCAUCAGCUGAUCUGGAAUAUGCAGACUAACAUGUACAUUGAUGAAGAAAUGCAGCAAAAGGAUACUUCCCUGUAUGACACUUUGGAGCUGUUGAUAAAGUCCAUUGUGUCAUCUUUGUCAGGGCCAGCAAAGCAAUUCUAUGAACGGGAGUUUGAUUUUUUUAGUAAAAUCACCAAUAUUUCAGGCGAAAUUAGACCUUACCCCAAAGGUGCUGAACGGAAGCGAGCUUGUCUGGAAUCACUAAGCAAGAUUCAGGUCCAGGAAGGUUGCUACCUGCCUUCCAACCCUGAGGCUAUGGUUAUAGAUAUUGACUACAAAAGUGGCACACCAAUGCAGAGUGCAGCAAAAGCCCCUUACCUGGCAAGGUUCCGGGUUCGCCGCUGUGGCAUCAAUGAGCUGGAGAAUGUAGCAAUGGCAGUAUCUUCCCAGCAUUCAUCACAGUCACAGCAACUUAGUAAUAAGGAUUCCUUUUCCUCCAGCAUGAAGUGCGAGAUGUGGCAGGCUGCUAUCUUCAAAGUUGGAGAUGAUGUGCGUCAGGACAUGCUGGCAUUGCAAGUCAUUGGGAUAUUCAAGAACAUUUUCCAGCAAGCUGGAUUGGAUCUGUACCUAUUCCCAUAUCGAGUGGUUGCAACUGCACCUGGGUGCGGUGUGAUAGAAUGUGUUCCAAAUGCCAAGUCUCGUGAUCAGCUUGGGCGUCAGACAGACAUUGGAAUGUUUGAUUACUUCAUCAAGAAAUAUGGGGAUGAGACCACCAAAGAAUUCCAGAAUGCCCGCCGUAACUUCAUAAAAUCAAUGGCUGCGUAUAGUGUUAUUGGAUUCUUGCUUCAAAUAAAGGAUCGCCACAAUGGAAAUAUCAUGCUGGAUGUGGAUGGCCAUAUCAUACACAUAGAUUUUGGUUUCAUGUUUGAAAGUUCCCCUGGGGGUAAUCUGGGUUUUGAACCAGAUAUUAAACUCACAGAUGAAAUGGUAAUGGUGAUGGGUGGUAAGAUGGAGGCUUCACCAUUUCGCUGGUUCAUGGAGCUCUGUGUACAAGCGUACCUAGCAGUAAGGCCAUACCAAGAGGCAAUCAUUUCGUUGGUGUCAUUGAUGCUUGACACAGGUUUGCCCUGCUUUCGUGGACAAACCAUCAAACUUCUGAGAGCAAGGUUUGCUCCCCAAGCUAGUGACAAGGAGGCUGCAGCAUACAUUAUAUCAAUCAUUCGAAACUCCUGCUAUAAUUUCCGCACACGAACAUAUGACAUGAUCCAGUAUUACCAGAAUCAGAUUCCUUACUAAGAUACAGUGUUCAGCCAUGUGAAAGGUUGGACUCUUUACUACACAUACUGUUAGUUUCUUAGAAAAUAUGAAUUGUGAUGAAAAAUUUACUGAGUAUGUAUUACGAGUGUUACAGUUGAAAAGGUUAGCGAGCAGCUAUAAUCAUGAAUAUUUAUCCCAGUCUCUUCCCACAAUCAUACCUCAUAGAACUUCCUAAAAGAAGUAAUUUAUUGUAAUACCUUUUUUUUUAUAUACUUACAGCCAACUUUUCUUUCUUAAAAGGAAAUAAAGCAGGCUUCUGAAAUCAUGUCCCAGCUUCUCAGCUUUUAAACCAGUUGGCCAGUUUUCACAAAACUCGGCGUGAAAUUAAACCAUUGAAGCUGCCUCUGUUACAUACUUUUUAACCUACAAACUUAUGAGGUAGGUGCAUAGCUAGGCCACAUAAUCUGUGGUUUUGGACUGCUGUGGGGUAAUGAUGUUCAAAAAAUAUGCAACUUUUGAUGAGGUAAAUAUACUAUAAAAUAAUGUGGCACCUGUAUGAAAAUUUCUGUUAAAUUUGGUUUGAUGGUGAUAACUAAUGAAUCAUUAGAGGAAGGCAUGUGAAAUUUGGUAAGGAAAUAAAUCAUAAACAUACCUUCACAUUAUAUAUGAAAUAUUGUUAAAUCCAUAACUACAAAAUAGCAAUGAUAUGUAACUUUGAGGUUAUAUCUGAACAAUUUAACAUAAACAGAAUUUGUACUUAGGUAAGAAGUUCUUUACAUAAUUUAAGUAGCAAUAAUAACAGUGAUAGAUCUGUAUGACUGUAAAUCUAUGCAACAGGACAGUGAACUUUUUGAGUUCUGCUUGAACUUGCUUCAGAAUAUGCUGCAUGUGGUUUGAAGUUUGGUCAGGAACCAACUGACUUGACCAAAACUUAGUAUGUGACUAAGACUAUGCCAUCAAAUGAAAUAUAGUCACUUCAUGUCAUGUCCCUCAGAAUUCACCAUAUGUUAUUGUCCUAUAAUUUCUCAUUUGAUUACACACACCAUCUGUGUUUCAGAAAGCAUCUGUUUUCAGUAUGUUUAGGUUGUAUCCAUACUACUGAAAUAAAAUAAGAAGAGUAUUUUGGAGGCAAGCCCUAUGUAAUGAUAAACAAACUCAUAUGUGAUGUAGUAUUUAUUUUUUGUAUACACAAAACUUGAUAAUUAUGCAGAUGUUAAAUUAUUGUGUCAAAGUGUGGCACUUUUGGUGUUUAUAUGUGUCGUCAUCAGGCAGUUUAUCAAGGGUAUGAGAACAGUUGCAUUGAAUUAAUUCACUGGUAUGUAAAAAUGCAGCCACUUUCCUCGAAUAAAUUCUUUGAAGGAAUUGCAUCUGUUAUGUUAGCACAAGUCAUUCUCUGAAACAGGUCAGAAAGGAAGAGCAUUCAAAGUUAAAAGUAUGCAGUGUUAUGUAAUGUAAAUGUAGAUCUCAGGCAGAUGUGCAUAUAUCCUCAAUAUGAGUCAAGGCCCAGGUACUUAAAGUGUACAAAAUGUAUUUAAGAGGUAGUGUUAAUGUCUUUUAUGCUAAAAUUAUAGUGUACUGUUAUUAGUACAGUAUAAGUUUGGUGUCUUGUUUAUGUAAUACUAUUCUUCAUUUCCGUCACACCACCAUAGAAACAUUAGGUCUUUUGAUUGUAUAAAACAAGUUUUCAUCCAAAUUUUCUGGGUAUUUUGAAGAGCAUUUCUGUGGGAGGAAACCACAAAUAAUGUUACUGAUUCUGAUUGCUAUGUAUCAUAUUAAUACACUUUUUUGUAUAUAUACCUGUCAUAAUGUAAAGGAAUAGAUUACUUAUUAUAUUGUCACCACCAAAUCAGUUUCAGCUGUUAUUGUUAGUGUGUGUUCAGACUUCUUGUAAUAGGAAAUACACUGUUGUGUUUUUUUUUUUUUUAGAAGUUAUCUUGCUGUCCUAGAUAUUUAUCAUUUCUGUAUCUGUUCUAGAGUAUCAGUCUCCUUCUCAGUAAGAAGAAAAGUUUGAGUUUCAUUGUAUUUCAUUCAGUUUUAUAUAUAGAACAACAGUAAGAGCAAUAAUAAUACUCCAUGGCAGUCAGGGCGAGUGAAACUUUCUCUGGUGUGUGAUAUGUUUACUGUAAAUGAAAUGAUUUGUGGAUAUUGUGAUCAGAGCUGUAAGUAUAAAAAACUGGAUGAGAGGUAGAUAAUGAAUAUUUAGUUGGAAAUUAAGAACCUGUAAAUACAGAAGGUGAAGUAGGAGAGUAAUUUCUGCAGGAUGUCAUAUCACAGUAGAUUAUUUUUCACAAGUACAUGCUUAACAGGUAAGCAAAUUUCAGAAUUUCCCCUUUAAAUGAACUUUGUUAUUGGUCUUCUUCCCACCACAGUAUGUAAGUAGCAAAUGGAGAUCUAUUUUACACCAGGGUGGAAUUAUAGUAUUAUUGUGUCUGUGGUUCAUUAUGUAGUUUUACUUCUACAUUUGGUACACAGUUUCAGAGAGAGUUGUAAAUAUCACAGUGUAGUAGCUACCUUUCCUACUUCAUAUCCUGGAAGUUCCUGGUUUGAUCCCAGGUGGCCAUCUUUAAUGUAUUAAUUGGUGUGUUCAUCCAGAAUGUUGGUACCCAUUUAUCAGGUUAAGAUAUAAGAAGACAGCAUUCAAUAAAACAUUGUUAGAUAAUUCACAACACUUACUAAGAGAAAAUAGACAGGUUAUGAUGUUUGAAUUAGUGAGUAUUUGUUUCGAAAAUUGGUCAUUCAAAAUGCCAAAUGCUGUUAGUAUGCUAAUCUGCAAUGUGCAUCACCACUGGAGUGAGGAGGGUUACAAUGCAGUUAUGUCUCUAAUGGAUGAAGGGAUAAACUGUAAAAGUAUGCAUCAGAAUAUUUUACCUUCUGAGGUUUUCAUGGCAGCAAAGAUUAAUAUUGUACUCUUCUUUGGAAGAACAUACUGAUUUCAUCUUCAGGGAAGAAAUGAGCCAAGUUAGGAAAGUGGCUGAUUAUACCUUUCUAUUAUGUGUUAUAUGUGUAUAAACAAGAAAUGGUUAUACAUUGGUAACCAUCUGGCAAUAUCGGAAGAUUACUGUAUGAAUUAUCUUUUAAGGUCUAGAAAGCAUUUUAAACUUUUUAAUAUGAAUGUGGAACUUAUGAACUAUUUAAAUCAUUACAUGAAUUUCGGUGGAACAUACUGUUUCAGUUUGUUGUUGUGUGGUGACCAGAACUAAUUCCUUGAAUGGAAUUGCCCCGUUUUCGUUCAUGAAAUGCCCCAGAAGAUGAGAAAGAGGACUAUUAACAUGAAUUCAUGUUUGACUGAAAAACAUGUUUAAAAUGUUUAUAGAAUUUCAGUAGAUUCAGUAGAAAUAUGAGUAAUUUCAAACUUGAAAUAAAUUGUGUCUGAUAGGUAGCUGUUACUGCAAAAAAUGUUUGCCUGCAAAUGUGACCGGUCUCUUCUUUAGACUCAGUUAACAUGUGUCUCUGUGUUAUGUUUAGAUUGCAAUACAAAGAGCCAUAGGAAUAAUUCAGUAUGUAAUGAAACUGGCUGUGACAUAUUUGGUGAGGGUUUCUUUCCCAGUAGAAACGUUUGUCUUUAUCAAGUCCAGACUACCAUUAAUUCACACUCAUACUGCUCUCCAGUUAGCAUCAGGGGCUCUUUUCUGGUGUUCACUCCAUCCAUAUUACAUAGCUGGAGUAUAUAACAGCAUACCCCUCUGCCUAAUUCUGAGGUUAAGAAUGCCUUCACACUGUGAUCCAUAGUCACAGAGACAAUUUUUUAUGUUCUGAAGGAAUGAUAAAAUAAUGCAUGAGCUGAAGGACAUAUUCAACUUUUCCAUAAUUUCUUACGGGGGUUGAUUGCAAAUAUCUGAUCUCCAUUCCUGCAUUUAAGGGACUAAUACAGAACCAUUCCAGUAGGCUAACAAAAAGUUAGUACAUCUCAUGUUUUGUUAUCAUUGGAAGAAGGAAUACAGAUAUUUCUGUGUGCCUUAGUUAUGAUUUCAGCACGUAGAAAAACAGUUAAUAAGUUUCUGACACAGUAGUUGGCAUAAAAGUAUUUUUUUAUUUUUGCCCAGAGACAUUACUUAUUAACAUAGUAAUUCCAAGACAAAUUAGAAACCCAUUGUCUUUAUUAUAUAUUCAUGAUUCUACAAGCAGUAACAUUGCUGAUGACCAAUUUCAUUAGUUUAUAGUGUUCAUCAAAUAUGAACUGCAGUUAUUAUUAGAAAGUUGAAAAGAACUAUAAUUUUAAAGCAUUGUGAGUAUUUCAGAAUCUCGCAGUUAUAAUGAAUGCAUCACUUUGAUUUGUUAGUUUUAUUGUAUUAUACUUUUUGAGUUGUUACAUAAUCUUGUAAGGUUCCAACAUAUUUGAUGCAUUUAAAUUUGUCCCCAUGUAUCACAUUCUGCAGACUGGAUCAGGCCACAGUUUUUCAAGUUUAGGAAUCACUGGUUCAUGCAUUUUCUCAGUGGCAAUAGGAAAUGAGAAUAAUUUCUGUAAGUUUGUUUAAUUGUGAAGAACAUGACCAGUAAAUGGAUCUAGGUACCUAAAAAUCAUUUAAGAUAUUCUGAUUCACAUUGUUAAAAUGUUGUUACAUUAUUUGAUUAUGAAUGGUGUAAUUUAAGUAAAUGUUAUUUUUUGAAACAGCUA